CUUUCAGGUUCACUGCUCAAAGCCUGCUGAGCGGGUAAGGCCGAGCCCACCCAUUUUGCUCUUCAGGAGCUACCCCAGGCCCCUCGAACCUGCAGGGAGAGAGAUGGGAGUCCAGGUGGGUGGAGACAUGGCAGAAACCUGCUCCCUGGGCAGCGUCGGUUUCCGUGGCAACGCACAAGCCACAGCGUCCUGGACUCAGGUCCCCCGCCUGCGUGCGUGCAGACCGCUGCCUCCUCUGCCAACCUUAGCAGUAUACACCCGACUGGAAAUUAUUUGGAAACAACCUGCUCUGUAGAGCACCCAGGGCUUUAGGAAAGUCUGCAUUGUACCUGAAGCAGGGGGAUGGGAAACUCGAGCCAUACCAGGAACAACUUGGACCUGUUUCCACAACAGUCUCCCGAAAGAAUUAGGUGUAAAGUUCUGUGGUGGAAGGCUUACCUAGCAUGGAUGCGGUCCUAGGUUCGAGUCCCAGUACAGCAAGAUACAAACCUCCACUGUGCCUCCAACUGUGGCAUAAAAGGGAGACAGAGGAAAGCAACCUACACCGAAGCGCGUAUUUCCACCAGUAAACACCUGUAGCCGGGUGCCAGGACAGUCCUCUGACCACGGUUGUUAGGACUCCGGACCUCCCGACGACUGCACCCCGACAGCCAGCAGGCAGGGUGUUUUCCCAAAUGGGGACCCAACUCGAAGGAAAGUCCCCAGAGCCAAUUAAGCCUUGAUUUAAAUUCCUAGGAAAUCCGGUAUUAGUUGAUACCAUGGGGAGACGCUUAGGUAGAUGUGAUCGCUUGGUUCUAGAGGCAGAAACUGCGAAUGGGGUUUCCAUUUACACAAGUGUAUGCAGAGAUUUGGUGGGGAGUCCCCUGUGUGGGACCCAGGACCUUUGACUGGCGCAGGCCCUAACUUCUUAAAUACCGCGAUGCCUCCACAGCGCUAGAUUCUGAAACACCGACCCAAUAAGUUCCCAGGCUUCCCUGCAGAGGGCGACACCUCCCCACUAAGACGUGGUCUGUGCUGGCCUCGCCCUUGGACUUCCCGCUUUCUAGAGGCACCAAGCACCUGGGGUGGUGGUCUUUCCCUCAAACUCAAGUAAUCUUCCAUUGCGGAAGCUGGAGUAGGAAGGUUUUUGUGAGUUGCUGACCCGCCUAAAAUCGCAAAUCUGGGCUACAAUCCAGCGUGACCGUGGAAUCUACCAACCAAACCCCUUUUCACUGUUGCCCGUGGCCACGAGGAAGUUCUGGACUGUCUGAAAAGCUGGGUAGAAAGAGUUAGGCAACAGUUUCCUUCCUUGCCUUUCAUCAGUCUUCUGCUGGCUAGUGGUGAGAAGCGUACAGUAAAGGUUUAUUACUUCAUUUUAGGAACCUCUGACCCCUAAGACCAUGGAUAAAUUUGACCUGAUUAAGAUCAUUGGGGAAGGCACCUUUGGGAAGGUAUACUUGGCUAAAGAUAAAUCAGAACACAAUCAUUGCGUCAUAAAAGAGAUCGAUCUUACGAAGGAAAAAGAAGCUACGGAGAAAGAAGCGAUUCUUCUGGCUACGAUGAAGCAUCCCAACAUUGUCACCUUCUUCGGCUCAUUUCAAGAGAGCAGCAGGCUGUUUAUCGUAAUGGAAUACUGUGACGGAGGAGAUCUCCUGCAAAGGAUCCAGAGGCAGCAGGGAGUGCUAUUCAGCGAAGAUCAGAUUCUGUGUUGGUUUGUACAGAUUUCUCUGGGGCUGAAGCAUAUUCACGACAGGAAGGUAUUACACAGGGACAUAAAAUCUCAGAAUAUUUUUCUUAGCAAGAAUGGAAUGGUUGCAAAGCUCGGGGACUUUGGAAUAGCAAGAACACUGAAUAAUUCCAUGGAGCUUGCUCAGACGUGUGCUGGGACACCUUACUACCUGUCCCCAGAGAUCUGCCAGAACAGGCCAUACAACAAUAAGACGGAUAUUUGGUCUCUUGGCUGUGUCUUAUAUGAGCUCUGCACACUCAAGCAUCCUUUUGAGAGUAACAACUUACACCAUCUGGUUCUGAAGAUUUGUCAGGCACGUGUCGCUCCCAUAUCACCCCACUUCUCUCUUGACCUACAGUCUUUGGUACCUCAGCUCUUUAAAGUGUCUCCUCGGGAUCGACCAUCUAUUAAUUCCCUUUUGAAAAGGCCCUUUUUAGAAACUCUUGUUGCCCGAUACUUAUCUCCUGAGGUCCACUCAAGAAGAAUUCAGUCCCAUUUUCACAUGCAGAACGCUGCUGCUGGCCUCACAGCUUGCUGGGGAGGCAGUCCAUGGUCUGCUGCAUUCCUUCAGAGGAAAUUUGAAGCUCAGCAAUAUAAGUUAAAAGUGGAAAGACAAUUGGGUCUCCGUCCAUCUUCUGCUGAGCUACAUCCCAGUGAGAGAGAAAAGCUACAAAUCCUUGGAAAGGAGACUAAAUUCCAGGAACUGCGGUGUAGGAAGAAUAAAAUGAAGGACCAGGAAUAUUGGAAACAGCUCGAGGAAAUUCGCCAACAGUACCACAGCGACAUGAAGGAAAUUAAAAAGAAGAUGGGGAGAGAGCUGAAGAAGCAUGCAGACCUCAGUCAGAAAACCUAUUUGGUGAAGAGGAGUGACCUGCCCUGCCACCCUGAUGCACCGGAGGAAGAAGCCUGCAUGCAGAGAGGAAUAAAGUUUGAAAUUAGCCUAGAUAUUUCUGAAGAAGACACCAUUCAAGAGAACAAGGCAAUGGAUUCACUAAAGGAUACGUUAAGCUUUGAAGAUGGCAUGAAGUUUCAGAAGUAUGGAUGCGGGAAGGAGCAUGAAGAUUACACAGACAGAGCCUUUGAUGAGCUCUGUGGCCCAGAAGCAGAGGGCUUGUUUCAGGAUAUCGUUGCCGUGGAAAGCAGGAGGCAGUGGGAUGCCAGAGCACCUCAGACUCUGCUGCAGAUAAUGGCAACAGCAGAUGUCACCUCCACCUGCCCCACCAUGCCUGACGAUGGUCAAGUGAUUGUGAUGGAAGGCAGUCCAGAAAACGGGAAGCCACGGUGGUGGGAUGUGCCAGGGACCCUGUGUGCUUUGGCAGCAGAUAGUGCCUGCAGUAGCUCAUUGUCCACCAGCAAAGAAGAACCUGUAGCGAUAGUAAAACUGCAGCUUCCUAAAGAAGACCAGGGAGAAGCAGACAUAGCCUCUGGCAUCGUAGUGGAUGAUGAAGAACUGGAUCCAGUAUCACAUGAUGACGAUAUAAAAUUUGAAGAAUCGGAAGAUGAAUUGAGAAGUGAAAUAAUAGAAUCCCUGGAAAAACUUGCAACUUCCACAGAAGAAAGGGAUGAAGUUCUUUGCUCCUGUAAGAAUGCUGAAAAGCCAUGAGAGAAAGAAAGGUUAGACUUGCUGGCCAAGAAGUUCCAGUGAAAGUCUGGAAGCUUCCUUGAGCUGUCUAAUCUGUAUGGCUAAGACCAAGGUUCACCAAACGCUAGUUAAAAUGGGCAAGUGUGGAAGAUCUAGUUCUUAUUGCUGAGAAAAGUCCACCAUCUUUUUUAUUUUAUACACUCUGUCCUGAUUAUACUCUUGAGGGACAACUCUGACAAAUUCUGUUCUUAGCUUUAACGCCUCUA